GGACACGAAAGGCGGAUAAUAGUCUCUGUAUACAUUUGAGAUUUGUCUCUUGUCUGUCUCUCAUAUGACAGUAACACUUAAUUUGCAGACGAACUAAUAUGAGUGUUAAGGCAGUGUAAGUGUCAUCAACACAAGUGUGUGGAUGUCCACGCAGACAAACCGUUUUCUUAUUCUGUAGUGAACUGAAAAGUACAUAUCCGCGACCAGUGAGUGAUCAGUGCCAGAGAGCAAGUGACAAUCUUGUGUUGGUGUUACGUUGGAGUGUACGUGGUGCCUUAGUGGAGUCUUGGUGAGGGGUCGCAAGUUACCGGAGGAACAUUAGUGUUGGAGAGUAUUGAGGGAGGGAGUAAGCGAGGUUCUUCAGCGGGUGUAGUGUUGGUGGGGGCCAGGACUGACUGGCGCAACAGUGGAGCAAGGGGUGGAGGACCCUCAUCAACUGGUGGGUGCAGGUGGAGAGGCCACCACCAGCCCCGGUGGUGGAGGGGAGAAGGAGAGGGGAGGCGCGGGGGCCGCGGGUGGAGGAGGAGGAGGGGAAGUGGUCGUGGGAAGCAGUGGGUGGAUCAAAGAGGGCGAGCUGGAUGUGGUGGCGGCACACUUCAGGGGCAUGCUCAGCCUCACUGACGAGGUCAACGACGACUGGGCAUUUCUCAAAGACUUCCUGGGCUUGAAGCCGCCCCACAUCCGCGACUCUGAGACGGGUGAACUAACCACAGUACGACCAGGCAGUCAGAGCCACAGCGGCACACCCACAGGGCAACUUGUCCCCCACGUCUCGCCCCAGUUUCCCUCAAUCGUCCGUGCUGCCCCGCAAGGAGUAUUAUCGUCACCCCUGGGGUUAUCGUCACCCUUAGGGUUAUCUUCCCCUUUACCACCCUCCACCACCCCGCUGCCCUCCAUCUCCACCCUAGUGCGAUAUACACCGGCGUCGUCGCCCUGUGUCAGCAGUGUAGGGUCAGAGUGCCUGGGGCCGCAGGCGGCACCACCUCUCACACCCGACGACGGGUGCCGCACCUUCGACGCUUUCAGCGACACCCACCACUACUCCGACAGCGACAGUAGCUGUGUCGUCCCCUCCGAGGGCAGCGCCUUCCGCUCCGUCACACCUUCAGCAGGAGAGAUCCAGGACGUCAAACCCUCUCCCUCACUGCUGCGGGACCUGCUGGUGCUCGGCAAGCCACCCAGGUCACAACAUGACCAGGGUCGGCUGGGCAGUCUGGUCCGGAGCGGGGAAAUGGAGCGGUGGCAGGAGGUGGUGCAGUACUUAGGUCUGCCCAACCCCCACCACACCCAGGCUCCCCACACGCCCAUGGCCGCCCACACUGCCUCGCCCACGCACUCGCACGCCCACGGCACACCCCUCCACCACCCUCAUGCCCUCUACCCCACCCACGACUCCUCUCCAGCCACACCAGCAGCGCCCGUGCCCAGGGGCGUCCUCAUCAACAACGCCACACUCCCGCCACCCAUGUCCGACCCCAUGACUCACAACAUCACCUACACCAACAGUAUGGGAGCGUCAAGCCACCUGGUCACCAGCAGUAUGAACCUCACCAACAGUUCCGACUUGGCUGGCGGUGACCACAGUCAGUACAAGAUGGAAACGACGACUACUUUACCUUCUGAGAUGAUGUAUUACCAGAAUACUAGCACAGAAAUGAACCAGACAACAGACGGUCUUCUGUCAUCCAUACUCAAUGAUGAAGCGCUGGGUUUGAUGGAGAUGGCCAUGAAUGACUCUGGGUGUGUGCUACCUCAGCUUGGUGGUGACGAAGGUGUGGACGCCUCCAGUGACUCCGCAGUGUCCUCCCUUAGUCCUGAUGAGCCAUGGGGCACAGUCGACCACACAACACAGUCCACAGACAGUGGAAGUCGAAACCAAAGUGGGGAUUAUAAUACAGGCAGUUACCGCUAUGGUCCUGAAGACCCACACCGCAUGCCUCCUCUACCACUAAAGAAACAGCAUAUGUUUGGCAGAGGAGGAGCAACAGGAAGCUUGGGAGGAGGAAGCAGCAGCAGCACUGGGGUUGGCAGUGUUGGUGGUUAUGGGAGCCCCUACCCUCCUCCUGCAACCAUACCAACCAUGGAAGGAGCUACAGCUCUUGAUCCCACCGAAAUGAAAUACUCUUGUACCAUGGACUUCCGUUCCCAAGGAGAGGUGUCUGGCUCUGGAGUGGAACAUGUCCAACAUAAUCACACAUAUCACAUGUCUCCAGAGGGUCCAUCAGGGCUGUCAAGACCUACUGCAAGAGAUAAACAAAGAAAUCGGAAAAAUGACCAUGAACGAACAUUGACCCGGGAUGAGAAACGAGCGCGGGCCAUGAACCUUCCAAUUUCCUGUGAGGAUAUUAUCAAUCUACCUAUGGAUGAAUUCAAUGAGCGCAUCUCAAAAUAUGAUUUGACAGAGGCACAGCUCUCCCUCAUAAGAGAUAUUCGUCGUCGUGGCAAAAAUAAGGUUGCUGCACAGAAUUGUCGUAAACGCAAACUAGAUCAGAUUCUGCAUUUAGCGGAUGAGGUAAAGGCAAUCCAGAACCGCAAGAAUGAAUUAUACAAUGAGUUUGAAUACUUAAACAGUGAACGAACUCGUAUAAAGCACAAAUUCUCAUUGUUGUAUCGCCACAUCUUCCAAUCUCUUCGAGAUCCAGAUGGUAACCCAUACUCUCCACAUGAAUACUCAUUGCAACAGUCAGCGGAUGGCAGCAUUCUCCUGGUUCCCCGAUCAUCUCCCAGCCACUCCAUGGAUCCAAGUGCUAGUAAUAAGCCUAGAGGCAAGGAUGACCCUAAACAGUGAAAGUUACCAUGUUCACUUCAUUGCAUAUUCUUAUAAUCCAGGAUUCACCUCAGAAUAUCCUCUUACACCAAGACUGUCAAACUGAUAAUGCAUUACUUCUAAUUCAUACAACUUGGUGCAGUGCAGCAAGAUACUCAUGGUGGUGUUACACCAAGGUCAGUUUUGUAAUGAGGGAAAUCCUGCAUGGUGCUCGAAUAUUCUUUGACAUUUGAAUCUAAAUGAAUUUAAGCAAACCAAAACUUGUUUAUUUGGUGGAUGUAUUAUUGUAACUUAAAAAAGUGUCAAGAAGCUGCAGUUGUAGACUUGAGACAUGUUUGGCAUUGCCAUGGGUUCUUGAUAACUUGUGAUUUAUAAAUAUAAUUUGGCAGUUUACCAGUAACACUUGUCAAGCUAAUAGUUGCCCCAUAUGCUCAUUGCUGAUAUAUUUGUAUAUAAAACUUGCAUCCAAAACUUUUAAAGUACUUGAUGCUAAGGCUACUGGUAGCAGUUUUACUGAGUUACAAAGGCUGUGAUAACAUCUCCCAAAUUAAGUAUAAUUGUGCAUGUAGAAAGCAAGAUCUCGUACAUAUUUUGUUGCUUGAUAUCACAGCUUACUCAAACAUUUAAAUUCUUUGUAUAGGUAACUUUCAUGUAAUAUUUAGUUGGGUGAAAUAUAUAAACAAUUCUCUUCAGUGGAAGUUAUGCCACUUUGGGGCACAGGAGGAAUAGGAAAAUAAUGAAUGCCAGGGCAGGAAAAAAAAUGAAGUCCUUCAGAUUACAGGGCAUAUGGUUGAAAGGACCAUUUUUGUAUGUAUUGAUCUCAGACCUGCACAUUUUUUACUGAAUUUUCUGGUUAUCUUCAGAUUUGUCAGUUAAUACAUACUUUUAAGAAUUUGGUUUUGUAAAAAUCAAACUCAAGUGUUGAUUGGUUUCUCUAAGACUAUCUUUUAAAAUCUUAAUAAUUUGUUAUUCAGCUAAAUUGGUAGUAAAUAAAUACCAAUUGUAUGCUGGUUCUCAGGUAGACUUUUAAAAAAAAUCACUGUAAGUAAACACAUGUAUUUGCCUCACAGUGCUAAUAAAUCUAAAUUUUUCUCUUUUGUUAUAGAUAAACUAAUGUGUAAACUCUUUCACUAAAUGUUUUAAGUGUAAUUUAAGUCUGUCACUUGAAAAGGUGCAGACAUAAAUAGAUAAAUCAUUCAGGGAAAAUUCUACAUACACUAUACAGUACUGUGACUAUCCCUCAAGGCACUGAGGGAACAAGACACCCUGGAUAAAGAUAUUGCAAAAAUUGAAAGUUGAUCAGUCAUUAUGAUUAACAACAUUUGGCUAAGAUAUGAAGGUACAAAUUAAUUUAAAUUUUCAUUUAUUUUUAAAUUUUUACCAAAUUAUUUUAUGGAAUAUCACACAAUAGUAAGAAAAGGCAUGUUAUUUUUAAAUUUUGUUUUUCAGUAUACUUAUAUGGGAAGUUAAAAGUAUAUACAGAGUAUAUACAUGGACCCAAUAUUGCAGCAGUUAAAAUGGGUACUUUGUUCAACACACUAAUAUGUAUUGGGCAGUUCAUUACAGAAAAAUCUUUGACACAGGUUUUUGUGAUAAUGAUGUUAUCAGUGGCACCAACUCUUGGAUUCUGGUUAGUGUGGAAAAAUUGGUAGAGGUAAUUAAUAUACAGUGACAAGGCAAGGAAGGUACAGGACAAAUAUAAUUAAUAUCAUGUUUUCCCUGGUCUUUUGAGAUGCAAUCAUAACUGAUUUGAAGAUUUUGCAUUUAUACAUAAAAUUGCUUAUCAUGAUGCCAGAAAACUACUAAACUGUUUUGUGCAUAUCUAACUUUGUGUUCAUUUAUUCUAAGGAUUAAAUUUUUGCUGUUUGGUUGCAGCCCUUUCCAGGACUUUCAUGUAUACCAGGUACAUAAAUCAUUUAUAUUUUUAAGUCAUAUGGCAGUACAAUUACCUAUGCUUUUGCACAUGUUUGUGGUUAAGAAUUAGCCAUUUAGCAGCAGUUGUCAUUGUUGCUUUCAAAUUUCUUAUUGCCUCUUAUGUAACUGCACCUGACUAUCCCUAGGUGUCUUGCCACUGUAAUUUUACCAAGGUCAGAAUAUACAGUACUCACUUUAAA